UUCAGCCUCACCCCAGCCUUCCUUGAUAUAAUAAUGAGACAUAGUCCUAGAUUGCCUUUGCUUUCUGAGAACAUUUAAUCCAGAGCAGCUCACGAAUCUUUGGACAAGCCCCUGGCCUGAACCCAGUCCCAGGUUACUUAACAGGUACUCUGACCUCUAAUGCGGAAUUAGAAACCAAAAUGAAGCUGAGGCGCUGAGACCUGCCGUCAACUCUCCCUCAGCCUCUGCUUCCAUUAACGUGCUUCCUCAUGGUCAGUUGCACUGGGAUUAGGAGAGUUACAGGAAAAAACAAACUGACAAACAAACCUUGAGUCCCAUGCCCCGACUCAGGAUCCCUGAUGAUGGAUCCAGGCAGAGUUAAACCACCCGAACGACACCACCUACUUCGAAGUCUCUCUAAGUGUUGUGAAGGAGACCAAGGCAGAGUGCCCAGGAACCCCAGCUUGAACUUCCAAGAGGGUUGGAUGGUUGGCACCGCCGCGAGAGUCCGAGAAACUGAGACGAUGCUCAAGACUUCAAGGAUAGCAAACUCCUGGACCAUCUGAACUGUCCUUGAAGCUUGAGUUUAUAACAUCAGGGGCGAACAUGCUGGACCAAAAAAGUGAACUGGAGUUUUUUGAGCAGGAAGAUGUGGAGGAGAUCUCCCAACUCGCUUCCCUGGAAAUGUCAGAGGAUGUAGCACCCAAGAGAAGAGCUUCACCUGUUGUCCAAGAAAAACCCAGCUAUCCGGACCUCGUGUACUUGAUGGCGGCGAACAUUUUUCAGAGUAUCCGAAUAGAAAAGUCGCCGGACAAAGCCAUAAUAACGUACGGGAAUGAACCUCUGGAGGUUCGGUCCAAGACUGAGGACGAAACAUUUCGGCAUCUGUCCCAUGAGUUGGCUUUCAGUGCCCUGAAGUAUCAAGAUAUUUUGGAAAGUAUAUUAAUAGACAGCGGCAUCUUCCCAAGUAGCGGAAUACCAUAUCAUUUGACCAGUCUUAUUGUUGUGAUGCUGUACGAUUUCCAAGAUAGAAAAUUUCAGCCACGUAUCCUUCCUGAAACUGAAGUAGAAUCCGUGUCAGAAGUUCAAGAAGUAGAGAACAUUCUUAACAGCUCUAAGACAAAAUUGGCUGCCGCAUUGGCGAGAUGUCGAAUCAAACACGAUGCCCUGUCAAUUUACCAGAUCCUGCCAGAGACGGUUAGGAAACAGGAACAGCGGGCCUCCACUUUGCCUCUCUACGCUUGGGUAAAUACUGGUAAAAUCAGCCUUGAAGAAGUUUAUAGUAAUCUGAGAGGAAAAGGUUAUAAUAAAGUCAAAUCUGUAUCGUAUCUUGAGGACAAAGUCUUUGCUGUGGAUCAGCAUUGCGGGGAUGUCUUAAUUUUCCCCUCUCAUCUCAAAAAAGAUCUUAUAAACAUAGAUCUUUUCAAAGAUUAUAAGCUUAUUCUUCAGGACAAAUCUCGAAGUCUUGCUGUCCACUCUGUGAAAGCCUUAAUAAAUAUGGAUGAUGAUAUCUUAAUGGUCAACACAGGCUCUUGGUACACAGUAGCCCACAUGUCAAUCUUGACAAAUAAUAAUACUUCAAAAGUAUUUGUAUGUGGGAUACAAACACAAGUUAAGGAUCCUGACAUGAAGACACUUUUUAAAAAAAUGGGAUGUCAAAAUAUUGAGAUACUUCAUGAAACAUUUGUUGACAUUGAAUCAAAGGAUCACAGGCUGCAGAAUGUUAAGGUCAUUCUGUUGCUGCCUCGUUGUUCAGCGCUAGGUGUUAGUAACCCGGUGGAAUUUAUUUUGAAUGAACAUGGAGAUACAGGUUUACUUCAAGACCUUUCUCAAGGUGGGCCAACAGAAAAUAAGCUUCAGAUCCUUGCUGAGAAGCAAUACGAACAGCUGACACACGCAAUGAAAUUUACCAAAGCUCAAGCAGUUGUUUAUUGCACAUGCUCUGUUUAUGAAGAAGAAAAUGAAGCUGUUGUUAACAAAGCUCUGGACAGUCAAAACCAAUUGUUUAAAACACAGCCUUACAGGCUCAGUCCCCCUGUCCUUCCACUGUGCUCCUUAAGAGAAAUACAACUGUCUAUGGACAAAUUCUUUAGAAUGGAACCAUCUGAUAUUACCAAUGGUUGUUUUCUUUCUAUUUUAACAAGAGAGCGAGACCCAUCCGAGACGGUGUCUGUGAGAGACGUUCUGGCCCGAGCUGCAGCCAAGGGUCUACUGGAUGGGGUUGAAGUUGGGAAGUCAUCCAAACGGGAGAAGAGGAAGAAAAAAGCAAAGGCGUUACUGCCCAAAGCUCCUGGGACCGAUAACAGCACCCAAAUAAAAAUCACCGAGUUUCUGAAUCAAGAAAAUAAAGCAAGUACUUCUCGGGUUGAGACCUACACGGCAAAAACACCUCUCCCCCCAAAAACCGUGACUCACGAGGCCACUUCCCCCCAGAUUAAAAAGGCCACCAAGCCUGCCGCCAAUCCUUUACCGACAGCGUUGGUAAAGAGCACUGGUUCCUCCAGGCCGGUAGACAAGCAGACAUACUUGGUGAGAUCUCGGCCGGAAGGUAAAGUGAUUCCUCUGAAAUCUGUCGAAAUCGUUUUGCCGCCAGUAAUGUUCCCGUUCCACAGUUCCCCGGGGGGCAGAUCGCAGAUGCCAACAGGCCACUUUUAUUACCGCUUUGUUGGAUCAAAGGCUAAUGUGCCCAGCUUUGUCGCCUCAGUACCCAGAAGAGGGGAGAAGCCUAAGGAAAACACACCUUUCUCCCUUCUUAGGCACUCUAGACCAUGGCUUUGAUGGAGUGGCCCUUGUUACAAAGUGGCUGGGGUUUCUUCACACUUAGAUGCCAUUUCACAAGAUACUGGUGCUUUUGGUCACUCAGUAUCUUCUAAUGCAACAUAACCUCCCGAGAAGGAAGACAGAUGAGAAAGAAUAAUGGAGGGGACUGAGUGCGCAAAAUUAUGGUUUCAUCAGCUCAGUGCUAAAGAUCAGCUUUCAGAACUCGUCUCUCUUGGGAGUUUCAAGUGCGGACCAAGUGCAGCUGUCUUACCUGCAGGGAACAUAGUAUCCCUUUCAGCAGGCUGCAUUGCAGAUUCCAUUGCCGGGCCUGGUAGAGAGUUCUGCUGUGCUUGCCUGCGAUCUAGCCAAGAACCCAAGGCCACUCCUUACCUAGGCGGUUCCUGCAGCUGAAACCUCUUGAAUCGCAGUGGAGGCCAGCUCCACUGCUCCUGAGACGGGGCAUGUCAGGAGGUCCUCUAACGGACUGAGCUUCUGGAGGAGGACACACAGGAAAUCCUGAGUGCCAGGUAUACACAGUCCAGAGGUCCAUUCAGAAACAAACAAACAAAAAACAAAGAAACAAACAAACAGAAAUGUUUCUGGAGAACGGCCAGAAUCCUCAGUAGACUGAGCAUGGUAACCCUGCCCUUCUGUUUACAUCAAACAUUGCUGGAGCAAGGACAGUGAGCAAGCUUCUACCCACAAUUCUUAUUCUGAGAAAGAGGUCUAACUGUUGAACACAAGUGACGUAUCAUUGAAUAAACUCAAAGGUUUCUGAUUCUAUGCAAAGAUCAGGUGACACAGCCAAAUGUGCAAGUCAUUUCAAUGGCACACAGUGAUCAAACCCUGGUAACUCAUUUCUGGAUGUACAAGUAAAGUAUAUUGUAGUACUAUGUUAAAUAUGUUAAAUGUCAACUACUCUUAGCUAUAGUAACAAUUGCCUACCAAUAUUGACAUGAUUAUCAUUUCUGGGUCUGAUUUUUUUCAUCAUGGCAACAGAAAUUGUUUGACAUUCAAUAAAGUUAGGAUUACAACUCUUA